AUUUUUAUACCAGUUUCGCUUGGCGGCUCCCGCUACCGCGUCUUAUCACCCUUAUCAGUACACGUGGUUGUUGAUUAUUAUGAAAGAGUGGAUUUUACAUACAUACAUAAGAAGCAAAGAAGUUUUUAAUCAUUCUUCCAAAAUCAUUGAAUGAAAAUUUGCAUUAAUUUCGCGAACAACCAUGUCGUCAUUCCGUCAUCUCUGGUGUCAAUCUCCGCGAAGACGACGUCUUGUUUACAAUCGCGAGCCUCACACGCAACUUGUUUACAAAGUAUCGCGAGUCACUUUCAGUGCGGCAGUCAGCUGCUGAUAAGCCAGAGUUGCUGCUGUAGCACAGUGUUGUGAUGUGUAAUUACUACGUCGGAUCAGCGGUGAUAGAACAACGUGCUAAGUCGAGGUUCUCGUCGCGAUAAUCAGCACUUUUGAGGCUGCGGCUGCACUUUCCUUACAACUGUCUGUCCAGUGCAGUUCGAAGAAGCGGGACAUAAGCAGGUCGUAGCUUUCACAAAUACUCACUCGAUCGUACAGCGUGUUUAGCCUCAAGGAACAGGUUCUCCGCUGCCUGUGUAGUUGUGUGUCCUCUCCUAAUCGCUGAAGUAUCUCCAGUUAGCAUAGAGCGAGAAACGUAAAUAAGGCCUCAACCAUGCUGCCACGGGCCAGGCAAUUGGCGCUAAUAGCACUUCGACGUAGUAGUAGUAAAAUGGUGCUGGAACGCUCAACACGUGCAUUGACCACCAGUCCGAUUGUUUCGGCCGCGGCCAAACCUUCCCCGCAGGCUCAGCAGCAGCCGCAGGCUGUGGUGACCAAGCCGGAUCUUCCCCCAGCAUCGCCCAACGAAACGUACGAGAAUGCAGUUCAUGCGCUCAACUCGCUCCAGUCCAAUUACAGCGUGAUGCAAAGUUCGAUCGCCCGGACGCACACGUCCGACUCGGUGCACAUCCAGGAAACGGUCAAGUUUCUCGGCAGAAUUGGGAUUAGCCCGGAGCGACUCGAUCAGCUGCCUGUGAUUUAUGUAUCUGGUACGAAGGGGAAGGGCUCAACCUGCUCGCUCGUGGAAUCAAUCCUGCGCGCCCACGGCUAUCGGACCGGCUUCUUCAGCUCGCCGCACCUGGUCGCCGUCACCGAACGCAUCCGGCUGGACGGCAUACCGAUCCAGUCCGACCACUUUACGGCGCACUUUUGGCGAGUUUACAACCAGCUGCUCGCCACGCGAGACCAUCCCCGGGACAUGCCAGCUUACUUUAACUUUUUAACCAUUUUGGCGUUUGAUAUGUUUUUGCGCGCCAAAGUGGACGUUGCGGUUGUGGAGGUUGGCGUUGGUGGUCGGUACGAUUGUACGAAUGCGGUUCGGAGAACUUCGACCGUUGGGAUUACGUCGUUGGGGUUGGAGCAUACAAAACUAUUGGGGGAUACGCUGGAGGAGAUCGCUUGGCAAAAGGCUGGAAUCGUUAAGGAGGGCUCGGAUGUGUUUACCGUGCGCCAACCGGACGGAUGUUUGGACGUGAUCGCGAACGAGUGUCGCAAGCUGGGAGCGAAUCUGCAAGUGGUACGGGACUUUGACGAUUACCAGUGGCAGCGGAAGCCAGCGCUAAGUGCAAACAAUUUAGCAAUUAAGCUCAACACUUCACUGGCGAUUGAGAUAGCGCUUAAUUGGAUUGGUCGCACGCGUCCAGAGCUACUCGCGAAGAAAGGUGUGCUAUCGGAACAGGUUGCGCAAGGCGUUGAGUCGUGUUUUUGGCCGGGACGGUGUCAUCAGGUUAGGAAAGGAAACAAACGAAUAUUUCUGGACGGGGCACACACGGUUGAGAGCGUGGAGCUUUGCGCCAAGUGGUUUCAGUCGUGUCAGCGAAAGGAAAAUCCCAAAGUGCUAAUAUUUAACGCAACUGGAGAUCGGGACACGCACAAGCUGCUGGAGAUUUUGGGGAAAAACGUGAAGUUUGAUAGAGUUUAUUUCACGCCGAAUGUUGCUUCGCUGAAAUCAACUAAUGUUGAUUCCGUCAACCUCAACUUCCCCAAAGAUGAGCAGCUAAAGCGUUGCGAACAAAAUUGUCAGCUUUGGCAGGAGCUGCAGACACGCCGAAACGGAUCUUCCAAAGCCCAAUGUUCGGCCCAGGCGCUGGCCGCCGUCGGAUUGGCGUUGGAACAAGUCGACAACAGUUUUGCGGCGUCCCAGCAGGAAUGUGAUAUUUUAGUAACCGGCUCGCUGCACCUGAUUGGGGCGGCUCUAAGCGCGCUUAACAUGGAAUCGCACGUGCUUUGUCCUCGGUAGUGGUGUGGUAAGUAACGCAUCAUUAUUAUUUUUUUAAAAUAUUUGUCCAAUGCUAAGAAGAAUGUAAAGAAUCAUGACAACACAUUUUAUGCAAAUGAA